UUUCCCUAAAAUUCUACAAUUUCCGCAUUCUUUUCUUCCCAUUGUAAGCCAGUCUAAAUUUUUUGCAGAUUUAAACAAAAAGCCCCAAAUCGCUUCAAGCUAUACAGAGUUAGUUACGAUACCUGCAAAGUUGCCUUUGAAGGAAACCGAAUUCGCAUCAUCACAGGGGGGGUCGAAUUCAGAGGGGGGAUAUUCACAGAACACUGUAGAGACUGGACGCUUGUUUUAGCCUCCUCGCCAAUUCAGACACUUGUGACAUCAUUUUCUUCAUGCGUCUUUUCUUAUUUUACUUCUUCUGUGUUGAACUUCAAACUUGAUUCGUUUUGGGAAUUGAAUCGCUGCUUUUUUGUUCCGACUUUUUUCUCUUUUAUUGCCUCCAUAUUCUACGCUUGGCCGCCACUUAGAAUAAAUUUAUACUGUUUCUCUCGCCAUCUCUUAUCAUCAUUGUAAUAAGAAGACAACUCUUACCAUUUCUGGAUUACUGGACGCUUCGUUUCCUUCUAUUUUUUUGUUACUAUUUUCCACGAUUUGAUCUCCCAAUUACCUUACUUUUCGCUAUUGUUUUAAAACAAAAGUUGACAAACCUCAAGAAUACUUGAAAAAAUAGUAAAUAACACCGCAUUUCAUUGCCAUUAUUUUGAGUCAUAUUUCAAUUACCCGGGCGCAAAACUAAUAUUUAUUUAAUGACCUUGGAUAAAAACUAUUACUAAAAUUAGGAGUCAAUAAAAACAGAGAAAAUUGAAUAAAAGUGCUAUUUCUGGCCAAAUUGAGACCAUAUUACCAAAUUGGAAUUGUUGAGGGCGUGUAAGAAAACUUGUUAAAGGAAAAUUGAAAAAAGAGCUGAAAUUUAAUAAAAGGAAGUUCAAAAACGAAGAAUUUCUCCUAUAUCAAUUUUCAAUUUUUUUAUGCCGUCUUUUUAAAUCAAUCACUCCUUUCACGUUUCCCCUGAUUUCGUAUUAUAUUUAACCAUUGGCCAAGUUUUUUUAUGUUUAAACGUCCUUAUCUUAUUUUUAAAACGUCUGCUAAAAAUCCGCCGCGCCUGAAAAAGACGACAGAAUAAUUCAGCUGAUAUAGAGUUGACAGUUUACUGAAUAAAGGCUUCCUCUUUUUAGCUCAGCUAGCUGCCUCUUUGAGACAAAAAACGACAUUGAAAGAAUUUAAAGAAGUAGCGUUGAUAACAACGGAAUUUUCAACCGCCAGUACUUCAGAUUUCAAUCCGAUUCGAAUCCCGCGCCCGCUGCCCGUUUUAUCAAAGAGACCAAGCAACCAAUCUUCUUCUUUUUCAUAGAGAAUAUAAUUUUCUCACUACCCUUUUGGCUGCCUUGAUUUGUAGUGCCACUAUACUUUAUACUACUAUACCACCUUUGCCCAAUAAUAUACUACUUGUGUGCCUACAUAUAGACGUACCCUACCCAAUAAAAGCCAGCCUACUUUAUUGUGUGCAGUUGUAGCUUUCAAAAGGGCAGGCUAUUCCCCACCAAAUCUGAUUUAGCCCAAUGUGAAGGGGAAAAGAUCGGUCAUUUAGACAUACGGAAUUUACUUGUCUCGUAUAUGCUCUACCUGCUUUAUACCCUCUUCUGUACGGAAUAGCACUUCAUAAACCUACUUCUUUGCUUCCAUGCCUAUACGCUUGUAGUUGCCCAAAGUCCAUGCCAAUUUGGGCUAAGAUUCGAAUCAAGUUAUUCCGCUGCCAUACACACAGACAUACACACUCAAUACUCAUACAGCAGUACAUUAGCCUACUUUACAUACACAUUAAUAUGUGAAUAUGUGGAAUUACUGUCGUGACUAAACUAUUCUCUUGUGUUUUUUUUUCAGCUGUCGUAUGCUUAUUGGUAUGCUAGUGUCUUUGUAAAACUGUUACCUUUCUUGAGCGUAUAUUGAGAGUAUUACAUUAUAUACUAAUACCAUUUUGGAAAAGACUUGCCGCACAAUUUAUACCGACUAACUGUCACGGACGGGCAUUCGCGGCUAAUCUCACCCCAAUCCCAAACCACACCGCAAUACAAGUAUAGCACUGAACUGCUAUCCGAUAUUAAUGUAAGGAUACAAAUCCCUGAGAAUAAUUGAGCCGCCGCUAAACAAUUCCCAAAACAAGAGCACUGCAGAAAAAAAGGGGGCUGCGUAUUCCUCUAUAGACCAACGCAAGCGUGUUAGGAUUUAACAGUGAAAUUGUAAAUUGCGAGUUCUGACGUUUCAGGAUUUAGAUUCUAGUUGCGGACUUAACUAACCAGGAAAAGUUUUACAGCAGGAUUUCAGUAGCCCCGGGACAACUGGGUAAUUCGAAUGAACAAGCUACAACCAAGGCGCAACCCAACUUGAAGCUAUACGCAGCUAUGUUGUAGUUCUAAUGCUGUGCUCCAUUACCGCCAUUAGCGAUUCUACCAAAUCAAUCCCUAGUUUAUUUUACAACAAAUGGAUAAAUUAAAACCUCAAGUUACUACAGGUACUAGUAUAACACCACCAAAAGGCAUAUCUUGUCAUUAAUUAGUUAUAACCAUAUUCACCCCCACUCGAUUGCCCUCAAAAAUUUGAGGUUUCAAAUUAGAAUUACUAUCUAAACGUGGUUUAUUAGGCCGAAUAACUUACUGAGUGCAGGAAAAACAAGUAACGAAUUACUUAAAAUUACCUGAAUUUUCUGGGAAAAAUAGCUUAAAAAUCGAUUGAAAUGAAUCAUCAGGGAAAAUCUCAGCAUACCCCAUGUACCAAAAGUUCCUCGGGUGACUCGCAACGGACUCAAUCGCCCUCGCGACACCAUCACCACGCCAAAGCUGGAAACACCCGCAGCACUGACCGCGCUUCGCUAGGCGCCGCGACCACACACUCGGACCAAACCGCCGUCACAAACCCAUCCGACCUUUGCCCGAAGGCAGUUACGCAACUAUGCAACAUUGUUUACCGCACAAAACCUGUUCAGUUUUGCCUCCUAUCAGAAAACGCCCUGGCGGAAGAGCCCACGAGGCUGCAGCAGGUCCGCUGGUACUUUUUAUGUCCCCCUCACAGUCAUUUCGGCUGGGUGCUUACUCGGAUUCUCGGUCUCUGUAUUGCGUGGGCGGCGCUUUGGGGCAUCGUCGGCAAAGAGCAAGCCUACUUCGGGGGAAACAUGUUUUCAAUAUUCCUUCUUUACGUCGCCAGUAGGAUUACAGGGUUUUUUAUGGGUCUUCUUGGCCUUCCCCCAUUACUGGGUAUGCUACUCGCUGGGAUUCUUCUGAAUAAUGUCACUUUACCCUUCGCUUCCACGCCACUUGCCGACGACAUAGAUCGCGAUUACCGAGUAGCCCUUCGGGAUUUCUCGUUUAUCACUAUUCUAAUCCGAGCCGGCCUCAGUCUGAAUCCGAAGGGACUUAUGUUGAUGAAGAGUGUCGUGAUCAGACUGGCACUAUGUCCAGGUGUGCUUGCCGAGGGUCCUAUGAUUGCCCUACUGGCCUAUAUGUUGUUCGGCAUGCCUUUCAACUGGGCUUUCAUGCUCGGAUUCAUUCUGGCAGCUGUCAGUCCAGCUGUGGUCGUGCCCAGUCUGCUUAAACUGCAGAACAAGGGCUUCGGAGUCGAACAAGGUCAGUAUAAUAAAAAACAGUUUUAG